AUGUCUAUUCCCGAGACUCACGAGGAACAUCCAUUUAAUCUCAUUCCAGAGCUCUGCCGUCUCUUUUAUUCUCUUGGUUGGGCCACCGGCACUGGCGGCGGUAUUUCCAUUCGACUGGAUGAUAAAUAUUACGUGGCCCCCAGCGGUGUGCAGAAGGAACGGAUUAAACCAGAUGAUAUUUUUGUCCUCGACGCCAAUGCAAAAGUAGUGGAAAUGCCGAGAAAUAAAAAUGUUGUCAAGAUGAGUGAAUGUACACCACUUUUCUUUAAUGCCUUUACCAUGCGAAAUGCCGGAGCCUGUCUUCAUUCCCAUUCUAAAAAUGCCGUACUCGUUACACUUCUUCAUAAAAAGGAAUUCCGCAUCUCUCACAUGGAAAUGAUUAAAGGAAUUACAAAUCCCAUUUUGAAAAAGGCCAUGGGGUUCACCAACACACUUGUCGUGCCUAUUAUAGAAAAUACAAACUUUGAAUCUGAUCUCACUGCCUCUAUGGCUGCUUGUAUGCAAGCGUAUCCAGAGACGAAUGCUGUGUUGGUGCGGCGCCAUGGUAUUUAUGUAUGGGGCGAUACCUGGCAGCGGGCGAAGGGAAUGAUGGAAUGUUUGGAUUAUCUCUUUGGGCUUUCACUGCAAAUGAAAGAAUUUCAUAUUCCUCUCGUGAUGGACGACUAA